CGAAACAAAACAGUAUUGGUGUGAACACCAGACAAAGGAGUACGUAAGUAAAUUUACAGAGCGAUUUUCGAAAAAGCUUUUUUGAAUCUCCGGAGAAAAAUCAACCAGUGAAUUAUGUCCGAGGAGCAUUUCGACGAGUACGAGCACUUCAACUACGAUUAUGAAAAGCAUAUUUUCACCGGCCACAGCGGGAAACAACGAAGCAAGCUAGAAGCCGAGCAGCACACAAACCACUUUGAUCCGUCAGGCCAUUGCAGAAAGAUAGUUACGAAGCUCAUGAAUGCCGAGCACAAAAAACGACACGUCGAGAAAAGGAAGUCAUAAACAGGAAUCGAAGCUGACCCAGCAGAAUAAAGUACUGGUCAAAAUUUUUCAUUGACCGGACAUCUGCCGGGAUUUAGCAGGAAUCGUAUAAAAUGGCCUCAAGAAAGAAAAAAUAAAUAAAAAAAAACAUGCAUUUAAGUAUUGAUAAUUUUUCGUUUUAAGGAAAUCAUCCACUGCAUCCGUAGUUUCAUCAAUCAACUGUUGAUGUUAUUGCAUUAUGGAUUGCAUUAUUUUAACAUAAAUUUUCAAUAAAUUAGAAAAUUUGCGUGCCCAAGUACAACUUUCUUUGUAUUCUUGAGUUCGCAUUUUAAGGCAUUAGUGAUAAAUAAAAUAAUUAAAAUAAAUAAAUAAAAUAGAAGUGAUUAUCUGAAGGUGCUGCUGCUUGUGGGAUUUUCAAGUAAAUUAUGCGUGCUAGGAUCUUUUCCUAAAGAUCUUGUCCUUUAAUUAGUCUAGAGGUGUGAAAAAUCAAUAAAAUCAUGAGUAUAGUGUUGUAAGUUAAUCAAAAUAUAAUAAUAAAGCAUUUUAAAAAUA